GUGCGUCACGCGAGAUCAGAAACGUUGGAGAUAAAGCCAAUGCAUAGUCACCCUCUUGCCCUCUCAUCGCAAUAAGCAUGACAAACUCGUAAGAAGUGCAACUGCUUUGAAAAGCAAAUACUUAAAUGAAUAACUGAUGAGGUACUGGAGGCUAUAUGGACUAAUGUGGAGGCUACUGUAGCAUUACAUGAGCUAUCGAUUUUUUAGUGUUGAAGGACUCAUGAGGAUCAGCCGAAAAAGAUGCUGCCGAAAGUUCUUGGUUACAGUUGUCACGUGUGCAGUCAUUUGCUUCGUUUUAAGGACACUGCUAUCAGCAAAACUUGUGUUUGUCGCAAUGCCACAAGAAAACAACAGAGAAAURCAUGCYGAUUYGUUACUUAGCAACGCACAGACCACAAUAACUUCUACCCACAAAAGAAGCAGUGCAUUAUGGGACAAGACUAAACCAGUAAAUUUCUCACAAAUCUAUAACUYAGAAACAAAAGAGAGUCGCAAGGCUUUUCAAACUUGUGGAAAUAUUUGGCUGGAGAGAUAUAAGAUUUUUCACGCACRGCARCUUAAGUCGGCCCAAAGUGCUCGAUACUUGAUAUAUUCCUGUAAAGGGAAAGGAUUUGGGUGCGCGGGCUAUGGUAACCGUCUUGGGGGAAUCGCUUCAUUAUUAUUUCUUGCUGCACUGACAAAUAGAGUCUUUCUUAUCGACUGGAGAGAACCUGAGGAGAUAGCUUUAGAGCGUUUUUUACUUCCAAAUGAAAUAAAUUGGAAUUACAACAGUGACGAGUUGAAAGCCCUKCCAUCGAGGAACCACUAUUGGGGCAAGGGAUUUCCUAAAAAACUUCAAUCGGAACACAUGACCAAGCCUAGYAACCAUUACCCUGGUUUCGCUGCAUGGUUUCAUUCGAUAGACUUUGACGCAUACUUCGACCAACCUGUUGAACGAAUAACAGCAACGUGGAAYUUCGUGGAUCAGAUUUGGUURAACCCACAUCUUGCUCRUCGMGCCAAGGAAAUUGGACUCAUGAAACCAUCAUACAAAUAUUUAGCUAUCGGAUGUACUUUUGACUUUCUUUUUCAAAUGAGUCCACAACUCCAAARUAAACUUACUCAAGCAAGAAAGGAGUUGUUUUCUAAUGGCACAAGUCCUGUAAUUGGCGUUCACAUAAGAAUGGGUGACGCUGCUUUUGGGAGAAAGCGGCCGUUGAAUGUCCAAAAUCAUAAAAGUUUCUUUUCUUGCGCUCAACGUGUUGAAAAAUCUUUAAUACASUCAAAUAGCAGUAUAAAAGGAUCUUCAAUAAAAUGGUUUCUUGCUACAGAUGACAUUCUCAUUAAAAGAUACGCGAAAAAGAAUUUUCCUAGUAAAAUACUAACACUGGACUUUCARCCGCAACAUAUUGGGAUAUUUCAGAAACAAAGGUACCCUAGCUUCGACGGUAUGAUUGGAGUUCUUUUGGACCAUUUUAUGUUAGCUGACUGCCUCUUUCUUAUUCUGUCAAAAUUUAGUACAUUUGGUACGACAGCGCUUGGACUGCGGUACCAUGCACUUAAUGCUUACACGUUUGGGGAUGCGUGUGGGAUUGUGACCUAAACAUACGGAGUCUUCUUCUGAGCCAUGUGGGACAGGCCUGCUCAACAAAACAAUUAAAAAUAAAUAAAGACAGUAGCCUUAGCCAGUUUAUGACAUAAAACGCAGAAAGACCAAAAGACUGACACGUUUAAGUUUAAAACCUAAAAGUUAGAAUUAUGUUAUGAAUACGAACAAUGACAUUCAAAAAAAUUAAGUAAACAAAGUAAAAACUUAA